AUGUCCAAUCCAAGUGAGGUGAUUGCUGGGGGAGUUGCUCCUAUGGUGGAGGAGCAAGGCGGCGGUAAAAGGAAAGGAAGGGGCAAAUCGAGGGAGCCUACACGAGCUAGGGAGGAGCUCGGUGAUUUGGAGACCCGUCUUGUGAAGGUGGAGCUAGUCUUGAUCGAGGAGGAGGAGAAGUUCGAGGAGGUUGAUACCCACAUCGAGGAACUUGGCAAUGGGAUGGAAGAGUUCCGAGAGGAGAUGCAAGGUGCCCUCGACUCCGCUGUUGACAAGCUAGCGAGUGAGAUGGGGUCACUUAGGCACGCCCAUUCAGAGGAGAAUGCUGCCAUUAAAGAGGAGAACCAUUUCCUAAGGGCGGAAAUGGAUAGGAUGAUGGGGAGGAUGAAGGAGCUCAAGGAGAAAUUGGCAUUGUUGCGUUCCGUGAUAGUCCAAGGUGGUAUGGCAGCCACACCAUCCACUUCGGGAGCUCUUAUGGCACGAGUGGAGGUGCCAAAGCCCCAAGCGUUCAAGGGGACGCGUAAUGCAAAGGAGAUCGACAAUUUCCUAUGGAGCUUGGAGCAGUAUUUCAAGGCCCUAGGAAUUGUGGAAGAUGCAAGGAAGAUUGAUCAUGCCCCACUGUAUUUGGCUGACACCGCUAUGAGAGAAUUAAAGAAGCAAUUCUACCCUGUGAAUGCUGCUCACGAGGCACGAGCAAGGCUAAGGAGGCUUACUCAACGAGGGACGAUUCGAGACUAUGUGAAGGAGUUCACCGAGGUAAUUCUCGAAAUCCCUGGCUAUCCUGAUAGUGAAGCACUCUUUGCUUUUAUGGAUGGGUUACAACAUUGGGCAAGGCUUGAGAUUGAAAGGCGUGGAGCCCAAGAUCUAGCCACUGCCAUUUCUAUUGCUGAGUCCUUGACUAAGUAUCAAAAAGGGGACAAAGGCAAAGGAGUGGAGCAAGUGAAGGUCAAGAGUAGUGGCGACGUCCAUGAAAGUAAGGAGGGAAGUGCAAAACCGUGGAGACCUAAGGAGGGAUUGUCCAAGGGAUGGAGGAAGCCCGAAGGUGAAAGGGAGAAGCCUCUACCAAAGUGCUUCUUGUGCGAUGGACCGCAUAUGGUGAGGGAAUGUCCAAAGCGCAAGGUCUUGUCUUCCUUAGUGGAAGAAAAGGAAGCAAGCAAGCAGCAAGGGGAAGGUAUGUGCAUGGGUGCCUUACAAUUAGCUGCCAUCGAUGUCAAGCCUAAGGAGGUGGCAAGUGAGCGCAAGGGACGCUUGUUUGCUCCAAUGGAGGUAAAGGGGCAGUCCAUUCAUGCUUUGGUGGACACUGGAGCUUCACACAACUUUAUGAAGCUCGAUGUGGCCAAGAAGCUUGGAGUUCCUUUUGAUGGUGAUGAGGGUUGGUUGAAGGUUGUCAACUCCUCUCCAACCCCAACAUAUGGAGUUGCGAGGAAUGUCCAAGUAAAAAUAGGUGAGUGGACUGGAACUUUGGACUUCUACAUUAUUAAUUUGGAUGAUCACUCUUGUGUGCUAGGCAUGGAUUUUAUGGAUAAGGUGAAGGCAGUUCUUCUCCCCUAUGCCAAUGAUAUGUGCUUACCUGAUGGGAGUACCUUGAAGGCCAUAAACUUGGCAAGAGGGAAGGGUGCCACUAGCACACUCUCUAGUCUACAAGUGGUAAGUCCAAAGGAGCUGCCCAAGGAGACAUUGCCACCAAGAAGAAGUAAAGGGCAUGAUGAGAUGAAGAAGAGAGUGAAGAUGACUGUCGACGCGAUGGGUCCAAAGUCUUCCUUGUUGAGGCGCAUCAAGGAGGCAACGAUGCGUGAUGGGCAAGCCAAGCAAUUGGUGAAGUUGGCUCGCAACGGGGUAACAAGGAAAUUUGUGGUUGAUGAUGGGCUCAUUAAGACGAGGCGUGGCAGCAUCUUUGUGCCUAGAUGGGGCAAGUUGCGAGAGGAAGUCAUGAGGUGGUGUCAUGACUUCAUGAUUCGUGGCCGUCCAAGUGUAAGGAAGAUGAUGGCAAGGCUUGGACGUGAGUUUUAUUGGCAUCACAUGGCGAUGGAUGUUAAGUGGUUUGUAAGGACUUGUGUGGAGAGUCAUAGAGGUGAUGGUGAUUCUCCAAGGGAGGUGAAAACUGAGGGACGUUCUCCAUCUGCACCAUGGGAGAGUAGACCACGGAGGUCUAAGGUGCGACUUCGAGGAGACGCGACGAAGGCGUCACGAGAAUAG